UUGGGUUACUUUGUUUUUUUGUGAAGUUAUCAAAGUAAAUUCAAGUUUAGGUGACAGCCUAAUAUGGCCAAACACGAUUUUCAACUGACCAUUGAAGUUAACAAGAUAUCACACCAAUCACCAUCAAGAUAUGCAGAUCACAUAUUAUCAGUGCAGAAAACUGUACAAUGAAUCCAGGAUAAAAAAGCAGGAAGAGUCAGGACCUAGAUUUUAAAAAGAAAGUUGCUUGGACAUGGAAGAUCACUAUCCUCCUUGCUGGCCUGCUGCUCCUGCAGAGGCAAACUGGGUUCAACCAAGUGCUGCAGUAUAUGAUGAGUCCUUUUUAGUCCCAUGCCCGUCUCAUGCUUCUGAUUCUGCCAGCUUUCAAGUAUACGGAUUCCCUUCGUGGCCAAUACCGCUUCAGGAGGCUUCAGAAGAUAAAGCUGCUUCGAGUUCCAAGAGUCACAGCCAAGCUGAGAAGCGGCGACGGGACAGGAUAAACGCACAACUGGGAAUUCUUAGGAAACUCAUUCCUAAAUCAGAAAAGAUGGACAAGGCAGCUCUUCUAGGAAGUGCGAUUGAUCAUGUGAAGGAUCUCAAACAAAAAGCAACGGAAAUCAGCAGAACUUUCACAAUCCCAACUGAAGUUGAUGAAGUGACGGUUGAUUGUGAUGUUUCUCAAGUUACAAGCCCUCCCAGCACCAACAAAGACAAAGACAACACAUUUAUCAGGGCAUCUGUUUGCUGCGAUGAUCGGCCAGAACUGUUUUCGGAGCUUAUUACGGUGCUCAAAGGCCUUAGACUAACCAUAGUUAGAGCUGAUAUCGCUAGUGUAGGUGGAAGAGUUAAGAGCAUAUUAGUACUUUGCAGUGAGUGCAGUGAAGAGGGGAGUGUUUCAAUUAGCACUAUUAAACAGUCGCUUAAUCUAGUUUUGAGUAGAAUCGCUUCAUCAUCAGUGCCAUCAAAUUAUCGUAUUAGAAGCAAGAGGCAAAGGUUCUUUUUGCCUUCUCAUUUGUCAGGACAAUAUAAAUAAUCAGAUUUAUCAAAAUUUAUUUGGAUUAUAAUGA